AUGUUUCGCAGCAGAAGUUGGUUCGGGGCUUCUUGGGGGCGUCCUAAAAACCCCCAUUCUUUGGAGAGAUUGAAAUAUUUACAUAAUAUUUUGUGUAAAAACACAACAGUGUCUGAAAGUAAUCGUGGAACCUUGGUGGAGUCGUUAAGGUGUAUAGCUGAGAUAUUGAUAUGGGGAGAUCAGAAUGACAGUUCUGUUUUCGAUUUCUUCUUGGAGAAGAAUAUGCUGUCAUAUUUCUUGAAGAUCAUGCGACAGAAGUGUGGAGGCUCAUCCUAUGUAUGUGUGCAACUGUUGCAAACACUAAACAUACUUUUUGAGAAUAUAAGGAAUGAAACAUCAUUGUAUUAUUUGCUAAGUAACAACCAUGUCAACUCAAUAAUAGUGCACAAAUUUGAUUUCUCCGAUGAGGAGGUGAUGGCGUACUAUAUAUCUUUUCUGAAGACUCUCAGCUUGAAACUGAACAACCACACCAUACAUUUUUUCUACAAUGAGCACACAAAGGAUUUCCCGCUGUAUACAGAGGCGAUCAAGUUCUUCAACCAUUCCGAGUCAAUGGUGCGCAUCGCCGUGCGCACGCUGACGCUCAACGUGUACCGGGUGCAGGAUGCCAGCAUGCUCCGGUUUAUUAGAGAUAGGACGGCGGCCCCGUACUUCAGUAAUCUAGUUUGGUUUAUCGGCAAACACAUACUGGAACUGGACGCGUGUGUCAGAAACGACGCUGAAAAUUCUUUUUCCAGCCACCAAUCACAGCAGAAACUAGAUGAUCUUGUAGCCGAACAUCUCGACCACCUCCAUUAUAUUAAUGACAUACUAUGUCUCAACAUUCCCGACCUCAACGAUGUACUGACGGAGCAUCUGCUGCACAAACUGCUAGUACCUCUAUACAUUUACUCACUCACGUCCGAAAGUGUAAGACGACUACAGACAUCUUCACCGUAUAACCGAGACCGCAUACAAAGCAUAGAAUCUAUUACAAGGAACUUAGAAGCAAUACUUAAAGGGAAGAACGCGGAGUCUCCAUCACGAAUGACAUUCCCCAGACAAAGAAUGGAAUCAGAAGACGAGAGCAAGCCGUCGGUGUCGUGCGUCGUGUCCCUGUUUCUGUUAUCGCAAGUGUUCCUUAUUAUAACGCAUGGCCCCAUUGUCCACGCGCUGGCCUGGAUCAUACUGCAAUCAGACUUAUCUGUGUUCGAGGACGGCGCGACCAAGAUACUAGAAAUGUACAUUAGCAAUGCAAAGUCCAAUGUCAAACUAGAGUUCUCUAAACCACAAUUAAGUUUAGAGAAGGCAUUAGAGAAUACGUCAAUUGAAAGGGACUACACUACCCCAGAAUACGGUGGUCCCAAAGCAUUCGGAUAUGAUACGGAUCAAUCGAGUUGCGAUCUCGACCCCGAAUUAGUUUCAACUUCUCUUCCGUCCACGUCACAUAUAAGCGAAUCAUCGAGUAUUGGUCACGACUCCACUGAGGAUUUGGUGACACAAAUACAGUCGACGAAAACUAAUAGCUCAGGGACUCUCAAGGAGAACAUGCCCGACUCGCCUUUGCCAGAUUCUGGUAUCGAAUCGAGUUCGUCGAAAACGAACGAAUACAACAAUAUUACCGAUGAAGAGAAACAGAAAUUGCUUGGCGUAGGUCCGAGCACGUCUGCUGAGAGGACUGUGACACUCGACAGUAUAAUAGAGAGAGAAAGUAAAGAGAUCGAGAAGAGGCCAUUCUUGAAGACUAUUUUGGAUUCUUUGGAUUGCAGCGAGAAUGAUUACAAGGCGCUGUUUGCUCUGUGCUUGCUGUUCGCAUUGAUCAACAAUAAAGGAGUAAACACAGAACUACUAGACACACUGCUAUGUCCCGAGGAGGAGAUCACAAAUGCUCAGGAGUCGAGUGGGGCUCAGAGUUCAACGCCCUCUGGUGACACAAUGUCGCCGCCUCCGAAACGUCCUCUGCAAAGUUUUAACGCAUUGCUGAUAUCUAAACUCAUGGCCAUCGCCAACUUGAGCUGUAAACCUGCAUCGAAAGUCCGCCUAGUGACCCUGGAGCUGAGCGUGACGUUGAUGCGCGUGGCGAUGUGCGGCGCGGGCGGCGGGUGCAGCGCGCGCCACGCGCCGGCCGCCGACGCACUGCGCGCGCGCGCCGCCGCACUCGCCAGGAACUUCUACAAGUGCGACGACAUAUUCCUCGACAUGUUCGAAGACGAGUAUUGUGAGACCAGCAAGAGACCUUUGAACGUGGAGUGGUUAUGUAUGGAUGCUGCGAUAUUACUGCCACCGACUAGAACACCGAUGUCUGGCAUCGCGUUUGCUAAGAGAUUGCCUAGUGGGGAGAUGGAGAGAGCACGGCGAGCGAUACGGACCUUCUUUUUGAUUCGGGACUUGUAUUUGAAGCUGACUGGGAAACCUGAAACACAGCUGCCUCUAACUAAUCCGGCGCCGUUUGUACAAGUUGGGGACGUUUUGGACCUUAAUGAUUCUGAUCUCAUAUCGUGUGAUAUAAUACAAAAGGAUGGAACGUGGCAGCAUAGGUUUCUCGCAGUAGAUAAUAUACAAAUAAUUUUAGUUGAACCUGAUAAACAAAGACUAGGAUGGGGCGUUGCGAAACUCGUUGGAAGUUUACAGGACUUAGAAAUCCAAGGUGACAAGGAGGACCCCCGUUGUCUUCACCUGACGAUCCACAAGCCUCGAGUGGGCGCGUCCGGCGCACUCCCGCGUACUGUACUGCUGAGGGCCAAGUUCAAGUUUGAUGACCAUAUACGCAGUAUGGCUGCUAAACAACGACUUACUAAGGGUCGCACGAAAUCCCGACAAAAGAAGAUGCAGCAGAUCGGUCGAUUGCUGGAGGUAUCAGGCAUGUGCGCGCCUUCAAUGGCGCCCCGACACCGACCGUUAUUUGCAAGACCAGCAUUGGCUACUGUACGACGAUCCACAGUAGUGUCGGUAGGAGGGGAGGACGACACAGAGCGACGCCUGCGCAGGCCCAGCGGACAUAUGUUGAAGGAUGGCAUCGUCGUCUACAGGGAGAGGACUACUAGCAGGGAGAGCAGUGUGUCGCGCAGUAGUAGUGCGCACGGGUCCCGCGAGGGGUCGCCGCGCUCGCGGUCGGAGGAGAUACCACUCGAAGAUAUCAAAAGGAACAACGUCGUAUCUAGUCUAGCUGCUACUCCCGUCGUACCGCAGAGUCAACCCAGUACGUCAUCGACACUUUUGAACAAAGUGAACAAUUCUUCAGAAGAAACAUCGUUCAUAUCGAGCGAGCCUUCGCGACCUAAACGCAAGGGGUUAGUGGAAACUAUAUGA